CAGCUGCUGCGGUAUCUCUGGCUCCGAGCGCUGCUAUCAGCGCGGCCUUGAGGAGGGGCCACGCCGCUUGGGGGCCGCCCUGCCUGCCUGGACGCGUGCCUCCGCCGGGCACACUCUCCUGCCUCAAGGAGCCCACUGCAGCGAUGCUGGUGUCCAUACUGGUGGUUCUGUUCCUGAGCGGUCAGAGCAACGCUGAGCCCUCAGCCCCGCUCACUGAUGUAAGCACAGCCCUGGCGCUGAAACUCUUCGGGGCAGUCUCUGCCCAGGAUCCUGAUGAGAACGCUGUGCUGUGCCCCCUUGGCGUGAUCCAGAUGCUGGCUCAAGUCCAGCUUGGGGCAGGGGGCAGCACACUCCAGCAGCUUAAGGAGGCAAUGCACCCAGAUGAUGUCCAGAAUGAUGCAUUCCUCCGUCUUCUACAGAAGGAGGCCGACUCCAUUGUGUCCCCACAGCAAGGCAGUGAGGAGCAGCCCUUUCAUAUGGCCAUGGCCAGUGCCCUGUUCCUUCAGCAAGGGUUCCCCCUCCGAGAGGCUUACCUGCAGAGCAGCAGAGCGCACCUGCACACCUCCCUCAAGCAUGUGGACUUCACCCACUCCUCUGGGGCUGCUCAGGACAUUAACACAUGGGUGCAGAGUCAAACCAAUGGUAAGAUCUGGCAGCUGUUCUCCAGCGAUGACUUUGGCCCGCUCAGUCGUCUGGCUUUGGCGAACGCUGUGUACUUUAAGGGCUCCUGGCAGCACCGGUUCCCCCCCGAGAACACGGCCCUGAGGGGCUUCACCAAGAGGGAUGGCUCCGUCACCAACGUCCCCAUGAUGUACCACAAGCUCCAGGCCAACAUCGGCUACUUCUCCCAUGGGGAGAGCGAGGUCCAGCUGCUGGAGCUGGCGUAUGGUCAGGGGGAGGCCAGCUUCAUGGUGCUGCUGCCCGACUCCGUGGAGGGGCUCCCUGUGCUGGAGAGAGACCUCACGCAGGAGCUGCUCAACACCUGGAUGGACCAGACGCAACAGGAGGAGGUGGAGGUUUACUUACCCAGGUUCAAGGUGAGCCAGAGAGUGGACCUGGAGAAGGCUCUCCGGUCCUUGAACAUCACCGAGCUGUUUGAGCCAGGCUGUGACCUCUCCGAAAUGUCCGGUGAGUCCUUACACCUCACAGGUGUGACCCUUGGGGGGGUGGGGGGGGGAUCAGGUGUGCUAUCAGAGUAG